GCGGUCCCGGGCGCGGGCGGCGGCGGCGGCGGCGGCGGCGGCAUGCCCGGGAAGCGGCUGGCGGCGGAGCCACCAGAUAUUACAGAAGAAGGACUUGAAGAUUCUUUGGCAACAGAUGAUUUCCUUGUGGACUACUUUAAUGAAUUCCUAAGCCUUCCAACCUUUUCAGAGGCAGUUAGAUUUAAUGUGGAUUAUGGAGUUUUUGAAAUAGUUAACAAUGCUCCACAACUUCUAGAAAAGCAACUGAAAAAAAUUCUUCGAAACCAGCAACCUCGAAAUCCCAUCUAUGAUGUUGUAAGGAAAGGAAGGAAUGAUAUUAAACCUGUUCAGAUGAAUGCCCCCUAUGAAGAUGAGACCAUUAAUGUCAACUACAAUAUUAUGUGUCUCAGUCGCGAAGAAGGUAUUGAGUGGAUCAAAAAAGAAAGACUUCCAGCAUUUCUGGAAAGUGAUUGUUACUUUGAAUACAGAUUAGCCAAAUUGGUCUCACAAGUAAGAUGGAGUGGAUCCGGCAUGAACAUCACAGUCAAUACAGAAUUUUCUCCCUGGGUCCUGAGAAAACCACCCAGUCCACCACCACCUGUUGUUGAAGAAGACAAUGUUAUAAUUAUGAAAAAGUUCUACAUUUCUCUUGGCGAGGGCUCCUAUACUCAAACAAAAGAUUGGUUUGCAUUAGCAAAACAAAGUUUGCAAACAGUACCAACAUUUUCAUUACCAUCUUGUGUACUCCACAGCAAACCUGAACCACCGGUUGUUUCAUCCAUUUCUGAAAGCUUUAUCUUUGAUGAUAGAUUUCACCAAAGGACAAAAAGGGACUCAUCUGAAACCAUUAGAUUAACUUCUCAUUUUGAAGAAGAAGAAGAUGGGUCUGUAUCUGUACAAGACACUCCUUCUCAAGCCCUUCUAAGAAUAUACCUUGAGAGGCAACAGGAUGCUGAUGAAAGCCUUCCAUUGCAUUUCACAACAUGUGAAGAAUUUUUAAGAUCUUAUAUAGACUUUAUCUUGAGAGUAGCAAUUCAUCAAAUUUUUGAAGAGCCACUUACAGAAAGUCCAGAUUAUAUAAAUUUCAACAAAGUAGCAGAAGUGGUGCUCGAGGAGGGUUUUGAGCCUCUCCAUGGUAGGAAUGUUUUAAAUGAAACAUUUCAAACCACAAAUGAAAAGUCAGACAAGAUGUUAGAACGAGCAAAUUCAAAGAGUGAGAGCAUUGGACCAGAAAGCAGGGCUGAUUGGUGUAUGCCUCACAAAGCUUAUGAUAUUGGCAAUAGAAAGGAGUUUGAAAGAUUUAAGAAAUUUAUAAAAGGUACUUUAGGAGAGAGAUAUUGGUCAUUAUGGAUGGAUAUUGAGAGGUUAAAAGUUCUUAAGGACCGCGGAAGACAUCAAAGACAUCUUGAGAAGAUGAAAAAAUUCUAUCUAGUGAACAAUGGAGAUUGCUAUCUUUCUACAGAAAUAUUAUCAAAAUUUAAACUGCUAGAUGCAUCUCAGUGGAAUGAAGAACACUUAAGAAAUAUUCAGACAGAGGUUGUAAAACCAUUACUUCUAUAUUGGGCACCAAGAUUCUGUGUUACUCAUUCAUCCUCAGCUAAACAAGCUAGCGCUGAACUGAAAUUCUGGCAUCUCCGUCAAGAGAAACCAAGGAAGGACGUUGACCCUUUUCCACAAAUGGCAACCCUCUUGCCAUUAAGACCUAAAUCUUGCAUUCCACAGAUAUCUGAUAUGCAGAAAGAAGAAUCCAAUUUAUUACAAUGUCCUAAAUCUCCCAAGAAACCACCUAGAGUAAAAACAGCAGGUCAAAAACCUUGGAAGAGCAAGUCUUUGUAUCUAAUUUCUUCGAAGGAUGAUGCAAUUGAGAAAGGGUUGAGGCACAGGUCAGAAAACAGCAAAGUUAUUCGCUUAACAUCUUUUACUGACAUUUCUGAAUGUCUGAAGCCCCAGCUGGAUAGAAGAUACACUUACACAGAAGAACCUUCGGUUAAAACCAUGGCAGAUGGUGCCUUGGGAGGAUUUGACAUGGAAAAUUUGUUGCAAUCUUUGUAUGUAGAAAAUAGAGCUGGAUUCUUCUUUACUAAAUUCUGUGAGCAUUCAGGAAACAAGUUGUGGAAGAACAGUGUGUACUUUUGGUUUGACCUACAGGCUUAUCAUCAGCUUUUCUACCAAGAAACACUUCACCCUUUUAAAGUAUGCAAACAAGCCCAAUAUCUUUUUGCCACAUACAUUGCUCCUUUGGCUACUCUUGACAUCGGACUCCAACAGGAAAAGAAAAAAGAAAUUUAUAUGAAAAUACAGCCACCAUUUGAAGACCUUUUUGACACAGCAGAAGAAUAUAUCCUUCUCCUCCUUCUUGAGCCGUGGACAAAGAUGGUAAAAUUAGACCAAGUUGCUUUUGGAAAGGUGGAGCUGGUGGAAGACACUCGACAGCUAGACUCCACAUACUUCAGAAAGCUACAGGCUUUGCAUAAAGAGACCUUUUCCAAGAAAGCUGAGGACACUACUUGUGAAAUUGGAACCGGUAUUUCACGGCUUCCUGAGGUCUCUAAAAAAACAGAAUAUUGGAGUAAUGUUCCUGAAGAAUAUAGGCACUUUAAUUUUAAUGACCUGCUUAACAACAAACUGGAGUUUGAACAUUUCCGUCAGUUUCUUGAGGCUCAUUCUUCAAGUUUGGACCUUAUGUGCUGGACAGACAUUGAACAGUUCCGAAGAAUAAUUUAUGGAGACCGAAAGCAGAGGGAAGCAAAAUCUAUAUAUAUUAAAAACAAAUACCUUAAUAAAAAAUAUUUCUUUGGCCCCCAAAGUCCAGCUUCUCUAUAUCAGCAGGACCAGAUAAUGAAUUUAAGUGGUGGCUGGGGACAGAUGCUCCAUGAGCAGCUUGAUGCACCUGUUCUAAUUGAAGUUCAGAAGCAUGUUCUCAAUAAGCUAGAAAAUGUGUGGUUGCCAUUGUUUCUUGCAAGCGAACAGUUUGUAGCACGUCAAAAGAUAAAGAUACAGAUGAGAGACAUAGCUGAAGAACUCUUAUUACAGAAGCAUGAGAGGAAAAUCGGGGUUUGGAAGCCUGUGGAGAGUAAGUGGAUAUCUUCAUCUUGUGAAAUCAUUGGUUUUCGUAAAGCAUUAUUGAAUCCAGUUACCAUAAGACAAUUUCAACGGUUUGUGGCUCUAAAAGGAGAUUUAUUGGAAAAUGAUGUACUCUUUUGGCAAGAAGUACAAAAAUAUAAGGACUUGUGCCAUUCUCAUUGUGAAGAGUCCAUCAUCCAUAAGAAGAUCAUGACUAUCAUCAACUGCUUUAUUAAUUCUAGUAUUCCACCAGCUUUACAAAUUGACAUUCCAGUAGAGCAAGCCCAAAAAAUUAUUGAACACAGGAAGGAGUUAGGACCAUAUGUGUUUAGAGAGGCACAGAUGACAAUUUUUGGGGUUCUGUUUAAAUUUUGGCCUCAGUUUUGUGAGUUUAGGAAGAACUUAACUGAUGAAAAAAUUAUGAGUGUUUUAGAGAGAAGACAAGAAUAUAAUAAGCAUAAAAAAAAAUUGGCAGUCAUAGAAGAUGAAAAUUUUGCAAAGGAUGGAAUCAAACAAUAUCCAAGUUCUUCAGGAUCUGCAAUCAAAACAGCUGCUUUAGCCACUGACCCAGUUUUAGGCCUACAAGCAUACGGCCGGCAGCCAACCUGGUGCUACUCCAAGUACAUAGAAGCCUUAGAGCAAGAAAGGAUUCUUCUUAAAAUUCAAGAGGAGCUGGAAAAAAAGUUAUUUACAGCCACACCAUCUUUUACAAACUUCAAGUCUACUGCUUCCACUAUGUCUUUGAAAAAGACCGUAUCUUCCCACAACAUCCAGAAGAGAAAGGAGAAAGUGUCAGAAAUGACCUGGGAGAAUGAAACUUCACCAGCUAUAGACCUCGGGACACAGAAGCUCUAAAGACUAUGACCUGGAUUACUGGAUUGGAAGCCACGGACUUCCACUCUCUCAGAAUCCCAGAAAGUAUUUUCAAAGUAGAACUUGCUAUUUCUGAAUCUCUGAAGAGUGACACAUUUUAAAGGGGGAAAGCAUCAGGAGGCACACUUCACAGAUUGUUUUUCUUCUACAGAAGUGAUUUGGACACUCGUUACAGCUUUGGGACCAUGGUUUCUCGCUGCUCCACAUCCCACAAUGGGCUGUGGAGUGCAUAACUUUUAUAUGCUUUGCAUAUGCUUUGUUUCUUUCUUUUCUACUUUCUUCUUUUUUAAAAAAUUUUAUUUAUUCAUUCAUGAGAGACACAGAGAGGCAGAGAUAUCGGCAGAGGGAGAAGCAGGCUCCCUUGGGGAGCCCAAUGUGGAACUCUAUUCCAGGACCCCUGCCCCCCAUCAUGCUUUGAGCUGAAGGCAGACGCUCAACCACUGAGUCACCCAGGCGUCCCUCCUCCUCUUUCUUUUCCUCCUCCUACUCCUCCUCUUCUUCUUCUCUUUCUACUCUUUUUCUGCCUUCUUUUGGUUUUAAUUGAGCGUUUUAUAAGAUUCAGUUUUCUCUCCUCUCUUAGCAUGUCGGUUAUACGUCUUUCUUAACAAAGUUGCUCCAGAGUUUGCAAUAUAUAUUUGCAACUAAUAAAAGCCUGCUUUCAAAUAAUACUGUCCGGCUUCAUGGGUGGUGCAGGUGCCUUAUAACACAGCAUGUCUACUUCCUCCCUCCUGUCCCUCAUCACUUUGCUGUCAGUUCAUUUCACUAGUCCAUAAGCUAUAUUAUCACCAAAUACAUUCUUGCUAUUGUUAUUUUAAACUGUUUUCCGUUAGGUCAAUUAAAAAUAAAAAAAAGAAAACAUUCUCUUCUUUUAUUCCUUCUCUAAUGCUCUUCCCUUCUUUAUGUAGAUCCAGGUUUCUGACCUAUUAUUAUUCUCAUUCUCUCUGAAGAACUUCUUUUAUCAUUUCUUGUAAGGCAGGUCUACUGGAGAUAAAUUCCCUCCAUUUUUGUAUGCCUUACCAAGUCUUUAUUUCCCCUUCACUUUUGAAGGAUAACCUCACUGUAUACAGAAUUUUAGGUUAGUGUUUUUUUUAUUCUUUUAGCACUUCAUAUAUUUCACUCCAUUCUCUUCUUGCUUGUAUAUUUCCAGAAAAGAAAUAAAAUCUAAUUCUUAUCUCAUUUCCCAGGCUUCUUUCAAGAUUCUCUUUGUGACUUUGUGUAAUUCAAAUAUAGUAUGUCUAGGUGUAGAGUGUAUGGUAUCUAUCCUCCUUGUGUUCUCUGAGUUUUCUAGAUCAGUGGUUUGGUGUCUGUCAUUCAUUUGGAAAAUUCUCAGUCAAUAUGACCAGAUAUUGCUUCUGUUCCUUUAUCUUUCUUCUCCUCGUAUUUCCAUUACAUGUGUUGCACCUUUUGAAACUGUCCCACAGUUCUUGGAUAUUCUGUUCUUUUCCACUGUUUUCUUUUUCUCUUUGCAUUUCAGUUGUAGAAUUUUCUACUGACCUUUCUUCAGGCUCACAAAUUCUUUCCUUAGCUCUGUCUCAUCUUUUGGGAAACCCAUCAGAGGCAUUCUUCCUUUCUGUUAAAAUGUUUUCAUUUUCUAGCAUUUCAUUUAGAUUUUUCCGUAGAACUUCCAUCUCUCUGCUUAUAUGACCCAUCUAGUCUGACAUGUUAUCCACUUUUUAAUUUAUAUCUCUUAGCAUAUUAACCAUUUUACAUUUCUGGCCUGAUAAUUCCUAAGUCUCUGCCAUAUCUGAGUCUGGAUAGGACACUUGCUUUAUCUUUUCAGACUGGCUUUUUUUUUUUCUCCUUGCCUUUUAGCAUGCUUUGUAAUGUUUUGUUGAAAGCAAGACGUGAUAAAAGGAACUGAGAUUACAUGGGCCUUUAGUGUGAGGUUUUAUGUUUAUUUGGCUACGAAUUAGACUGUAUUUACUGUUUACUGUGGUUGUGGUGCUACAGGCUGAAAUUUCCUGUUUGUCCUUGUUUUUGUCUCCUCUGUUGUUUUGGGUUUUCCUGGAGAUUCUUUAAUAGGAUCUGAAACUUACAGUUCUUUUAGCUGCAGUUAUUACAUCAGAACCCUGUUGAUGUGGUAAAGUGUAGGAAGAGGGGAAGCCUUUUACAUUCUGAUGGUUAUAUGUCAGUAUUUUAGAGAGACUGAGUGGGGUAUUUCCCUUCCCCCAGGUCAUUUAGGCUUUAGUAAAACCCCAGUCCAUUAGGCUCUGGUAAAAUAGUUUCCCUUGAGGGCAGGCCUUGUUAGGAAGAAAAGAACUCUGGGUGUAUUCCAAAAUGUUUACCACUCCCCCUACCAGAAGCAGGAGGGGAUUUUUCUCUGUUAUUUUACAGUGAGAACCUGGUAGAGCUACUGGAAGUAAAACCUGAGAAUGUGGACCCCACCCCCCAAAGGCAGGGCCCCCUUGCAGUUUUUAACUCUCAGGCUGGUCUGCCCUGAGCUCAGAGCAAGUCAUCAAUAACAACUUAAAGAAUUUCUACUAAAAUUAACUGCAGCUGCUGGCUCCUGCUCCUGGGAAGCUGUGAUUCUCUGUAUCUGCCUGUCUUUCCAGUUUUAGGGGCAAAACUGCAGUUUUAGGCCCUGUUACCACAGUUCUUUGAAGAAUCCAGGGAGAGUGGUUGAUUUUCCAUUUGUUCAGCCUUUAUCUUGUUGAAGACAGUAGUGAUGACCUUUAAUAUAUUGAGUGGGAUCCUCAAGUUUGACACUAGUAUUUUAAAGUAUUCUGUAGUCAGUUUUAUUUUUAAGAUGAAAUGAAGUUAAAUUAUUUGGUUUUAUUGUAUUUUAUAUAUACAUCAAAUUGAUGGCAAUUUUUAUAUUAUAAAUAUUUACAUGUUCACUUUGGCCUACUUUAGCAUUCCCCAGCACGGACUAGUCUUAACUUCUUUGCUCUAGCGACAGUUUUCUUAUAUCAACAUGCUCAGGAAGUAUCUUCUGACUGUGGUUCUGCUGAUUCUUCUUAACAUCUCUUCAUUUGGGAUCCCUGGGUGGUGCAGCGGUUUAGCGCCUGCCUUUGGCCCAGUCCGCGAUCCUGGAGAUCCGGGAUCAAAUCCCACGUCGGGCUCCCAGUGCAUGGAGCCUGCUUCUCCCUCUGCCUGUGUCUCUGCCUCUCUCUCUCUCUCUCUCUCUCUCUCUCUCUCUGUGAUGACUAUCAUAAACAAAAAAAAAAAGAACAUCUCUUCAUUCAUCUCCUCCUUCUCCCAACCCCACUGGAUGACUGCCUUGUUCCAGAGUCUUAUCACCUUGAAUCUGAGUCCUAAUUAUAUCUCUCUCUUCUGCCUGGCCAUUCUCCAGCUGUGCUCAGUGAUUUCUAUAAAAUCAUAACUUCUUAUGAUAUUACCUUGCCUGAAUCCUUUUCAUUAAGAUGAUCAGCAGGGCACCUGGGUGAUUCAGUCAGUUAAGUGUCCCACUCUUGAUUUUGGUUCAGAUCAUGAUCUCAGGCUUUGUGCUUGGUGGGGAGUCUGCUUGAGAUUCUCUCUCUCCCUUUCCCUAUGUCUAUACCCCUGCUGUCUUUCUCUCUUUCAAAUAAGUACAUAAAUAAAAAUAUUUUUUAAAAAGAUGAUUGGUAAGCCUGUUACUGAUAAAAAGAAGUUUGUUUUUUGUUUUUUUGUUUUUUUUUUUUUGAAAGAGAAAGAAACAAUGUGUGCAUGAGCCGGGGAGAGGGGCAGAAGGAGAGGGAGAGAGGGAAUCUGAAGCAGAUCAUGAUCUGAGCCAAAAUCAAGAGUCAGAUGCUUAAGCAACUGAGCCACCCAGGUAUCCCAAGAAAUUCUUUAUGUAGCAUGACAUACAUACAGGUCCCUCCUGUCUUCUGAUAUAAAUAUUCAGAUCAAGCAUUUGUUUUUCUGGGAAGCUGUCUUUAAUAUUCUUCUCUUACCCUAAACCCCCCCUCAACAACUACAGAAAUCAUCACUCCCUCUUCUGUCUUACCAUACUGUGGCUUAUUUAUUCCUCUAUAAUAACCCUUGUCAUAUGAAUUGUAAUUUUUGUUCACAUGUCUGUUUCUCUAACAAAGCUGUUAUUUGAACUUUCAGUCCAGCACCUUAUAUAGAAUAUCUAGAAAUUGAUGUUCAUUAAAUAUUUCUUGAAAAAAAUGAAGGAAAUGUUUUCACUGUAAAAAAUCCAAGAAAGGGAUGCCUGGGUGGCUCAGUGGUUGAGCGUCUGCCUUUGGCUCAGGGUGUGAUCCCAGGGUCCUGGGAUCAAGUCUAUAUCAGGCAUCCCACAGGGAGCCUGCUUCUCCCUCUGCCUGUGUCUCUGCCUCUCUUUCUGUGUCUCUCCUGAAUAACUAAAUAAAAUCUUUAAAAAAAAAUCACAAGAAGAUAAAAAUCACUGUAUGUGUAAGAAAGGUCAGUAUAACUCCAUUCACAAAAAUUUGCCAUUAGUAUUUUUAGUUAAAAUACACAGUAAUGUCACAAUUUCAUGUAAAGUAUAUAAUCUUUGUUGUAUCUAUAUCAUUUUUCAUAUUUAUGAAGAUACACUUACGUACCAUUAUGUCUUUCAGAGAAGAAAUUAGUGCUCAUUAAAUCACUUAAAUUACUUCAGGCAUGGGUUUCUCAACCUUGGCAUUGAUAUUUUUAGCCAGCUAAUUCUUUGUUGUAGAGGGCUGUCCUAUGCAGUGUUGGGUGUUUCACAAUAUCUCUGGCCUCUACCCACUGUCUGGCCAGUAGCAUCUCCCUAGUUGUGACAACCUAAGAUAUUUCCAGACAUUGCCAAAUCAUACCUAGUUGAGAACCACUGCUUUAAGACUUUGGAACAUUUUUGUGUUUAACACAAAAACAUUUUGUAUUUUGAGAUCUUGACUUACAAUGGAACAUUUAAACUCUAGUUCCCCAGCAUAUCCUUUUAAAAAAGUAUCAGAGUACCUGGCCCCAUAAUGCUACCAAUAGUACCUUCUAACUGGUGACUUAUUUGUUUUAGUGAAUAUCUAUAUUACAUCCAUUUGAAUAAUUUCUCUGCUUUCACAUCAUCAUUGGUAGUAUAAUGCCUAAAGGAUAUGCUCAGUUAAUAUUUGUUGAAUUAAUAAAACUUACAGUAAAUUCCUUAUUUACUUUUAAUGUAACAUAUAUGUUAGUUAGGUAAUCUUAAAAGUGCCCUUAAAUCUGAUUUGGGUUUGUACAAAUAAAUAAACUCUAAAUGUGCUGUUUAC